CGCGAAGUUUCUACACCACCAACAUCGCCGAACAACCCGCCUGAAACUUCCAACGAAUCGCGGCACUCACCUUGUGAACUAUCAACGCCGCCCACGGUGCUAACGGAGCUAUGCGUGACCUCUAGCACACCGCGCGAUCCAAAAUCACCGACAAGGCUGAUAGAGCCAGAGAUCCAACAGCGCGAAAGUGAUCAGCGUCGGGCCGCAGACGCUCAAAGCGACAAGCGUGCCCAACCCAUCAUCAUCCUUUCGCCUGACCAUAGUAGAGUUGAUGAUUCUAUCGAGGUGCCUGUGGACGACUUGGGUCCGCGACCGACGUACAAUGAGACCCUUGAAGCAAAAUUUGACAGACUCAUCAAACAUGUCAAUGGAUUCAUCAAGCCGCUUCAGGUUUCAGAGGCGACUAUCGAACGUUUCCGCCCGAGUCAGAAACUGGAUGACGACGGCAUCUUAUUGGUGCUGGGUAAGAUUCUUCCCAAGUCAUCUGAGGCGUUGAUAGCAACCUUUGCGAUUCAAAAUCCGCCAAAGAGUCUUUGCCACCGGUACACUGAGAGCGACGUCUCUUCGUCCAUGCCUCCGCUUUUGAGACAUAACACGGAAUCUACCCACCUGUUUAUUGCUUGUAACGUCAAUUCUACUUCUCUGGAGAGCAUUUGGGGAGGGUCUUGCAACCAUUGGAUUCUCGUCGUCGUCGAUCUCCAAAAGAAUCAGAAGGUCUAUGUUUUUGGCAACGAAGGAGGGCACGGGGCUGAAGCCGAGGUUUUGGCCUACAAUAUCGGCCUGUUCGUGAACAACUAUCGGAGAUCCGAAGGUGUUGAUCCAAUCUCGUGGUCGAAUCCAGAAAUCUAUCCUUUGUAUCCAACCGGCAAGAUUCCAGACAGCUAUAACUGCGGUGUGGCCGUAAUAUCACGUGCCGAGGCGUUUCUAUACCCCAAAAAGGCCUUGAAAGUAUCUACCGAAACCAGCAUCGCCGAACUCAGCAGCCAACUGGACAGAUUGCGGGUCGUCUAUCUCGAGUCCAUCUCUCAAUCAUGCGACAAUGCAGCAGAGGAUGCCAAAGAAGAACUUCAUCUUCUGCAAGGAUCAAGGAAGAGAAAGCAGCUAUCUGCUUCAACGGGAAAGCCCGUCAAGGUUAAGGUACCUUCGAAGAAGCUCAAGAAAUCAAAUCUUUCGUCGCUUCCUCCAGCUGUACUGGGCGCUCAACCACAAACUCAACAAUGGGAAAGAUGCCUUCGCCUCGCCGCCGAGCAGAGCGGCUUCUCCGGGCCGGGAAUUGUUGAGGCUUUUCGGAAUGCACCUGAGAAUCAGCCCAUACACAAGAUCGUCGAGGUCCUCCAAUUGAUCUGUGAAGUUGCCAACGCAGAAACCCUUAUUCAGCUCAAGAGUGUCCUCUGCGAGCCAACAGUCCUCGAAAAAGGAUUUGAUGAGGAUAUCGGAAAGGUGAUAAACCUUCACCAUCUCAUCAUGGAAUAUGGUGAUGAGUCUUUUAUUGCAAGGUUCCGAAGGUUUGAGUGUCAGGUCCUCUACUUUGAAUGGUUUGAGUCCCAGAGACUUUCGAAGAGGAACAGGAUGAAGGAGGAAAAAAACAGGAGAGACAACGUGAUCAAAUUCAAAAAAAGACACGGUGUAGAGGACGACAUCCAAGAAGACCGCAAAGUUGACAAUAGAGACGCACAACGCCAUUUGAAAGACGAAAUCAUCGAAAAGAUUGCGGCUCAUGGAAACAAAGAUGAAAGCAGGGUCCGUCAAGAGCUCAACACCAACUAUAAGGAAGGGCGGAUUUUGCACGCAUUUCUCAGCCCACAGGACAGCCGAUCUGCAAGACGCCAUGUGAGGUUCCUCUCAUUACUUCCUCUGUACAAGAAGUGGACUCGACCACCAGUCCUGAAUGUAAUGGCCCAUGACCCACCAGAGACGCAUGGGAUUCUGGAAAAGAAAAUUGGAGGCAAGAAAGUUCUUGAUCUCAAUCAGCAGCUCGCAGACUACUUCGGAAGAGCCCUGUUCAUCGCCCGGCCUGAGCUUCAGGAGAUAGAAUCAUGCUAUCUGCCUAGAGGGAGUGACGCAGCGCUGCCUGAGACUGUUCGCCUAAUGUCGGAAGAAGACGAUUCGAUUAGGAGGAUCAAACCAGCGGACAUUGCAUGGCUAUUCAAGUCAGACGAUACCGCUGGAUAG